AUGAAUAACAGUUCAGAUUAUGUUUAUUGGUCGGAGCUUCAUUGCUCUAAAGAUGCAUUAACUGAUACUUAUGGAUGGUUUAUGCAGUUUUUGCUUGCUGUAUUGGCCUUCACAUGUUUGAUUGGUAAAAGAUUCUGUGAGCCACGUUACGCUAGAAGACCUUGGUUGAUAUGGUUCUAUGAUACUUCAAAACAGGGCUUGGGUGCCCUCAUUAUUCAUGCAGCCAAUGUUUGGUUGUCUCCACAUCUAACAGGAAAUCCAUGCACUUGGUAUAUAGUUAACUUCAUGUUAGACUCAACUUUAGGCUUGCUUAUAAUAUGGGCUGGCAUUAGACUGGCGCAGCACUGUGCGAGGACUUAUGAUAUACCUCUUAUUAACUUCGGAGAAUAUGGGAAGCCUCCGAUGUGCGCUGCUUGGAUAUGCCAAUGUGUUCUGUAUGCAGCCUUAGCGACGUUCGCUAAGUCUGUAUUGGCUUUAGUACUGCGGCUACCGCCCGUAGUAGCAGUACUAUCAACACUUCGUCUCUCGCCUGUUUCUGAUCCGCGCCUGGAACUGGCUGUUGUUAUGCUCAUCAUUCCCUUUUUUGUUAAUAUUUUAAUAUUUUGGGUUACUGAUAACUUCCUUAUGUACCGCCCAAGGGGAGUGAGCUCCAAGAUAAAAACUAAGGUAAGAUACCAAUCAAUAAAAAAAGAGAAAUCUGGUUCGGAGGAUGAAGAGCAGUCAGCUGAUGAAAGACUUCUCGGCGCUAGUGUAUGA